AUGCCGCCGCAGCCGGAGCCGUGCAGCUCGUCGUCGUCGCUGGGGAACGACAGCGACGAGGGCGGCGCGCCGACGGGGAAGGAGGACGGGGAGGGGGAGGUGCAGAGCGCCUACAGCGGGGCGGGGCUCGACGGCCUCGCCGCAUUGGAGGAGUCGCUUCCCAUCCGGCGUGGCAUCUCUAAAUUCUAUAACGGCAAGUCCAGAUCUUUCACAUUCCUCAAGGAAGCUAUCGGGCCAUCUGGUUCUGCAAAGGUCAUUGCCAAGGCAGACAAUGCUUAUUCCAGGAAACGGAAAAAUCUUCUUGCAUACAGCAUCAUGUACAAUCAGUCACAGAUCACCGUGCCGGAGACCUACGAGAAUGGUUUCUCCAAGAGGUUUGCGGGUUUAAGCAGGUUGAGGCCCUCGGAUGGUAUGAGCUCCAACAGCAGCAGUAGCAGCAGCCUCAGCAGCGACGAAAACGAGCCGCCUCAGCAGUUCAUUUUUGUUCAGUCACCUGAUAACACUGCACAAUUUGCUUCUCCAGCGAUCACCACACCUCGGCUUGGGUCUUGCAUGUCUAAGAUAUUGCCGGUGCCAAUGAGGUCGUUUUCGAUGGUGAAUCUGCAACGUUUGCACAGCCGCUGCUCAUCUGUUUGCCUGGAAGAAGAGCCGGAGGUUGAUUAA